ACUCCGCCCAUUCCACGUGACGUCGCACGGCAGCAGAGAGUCAGUCACGUCGGCGUGACAAUAGGAAGAUCUCUACCGGGUCGAGCUCUGUGACGGGUUGUCACAAAACUAGUUAUUAAGAUCAUAAUUAAGUGACACUUUCUUUUCGCCAAACAAUGCCGCGACAACCCGUCUGCAUUGUAGCACACAAGGACGGCUGACGACAAGAAGCAAAGUGGCUAAUGCUACUAUCCAAGUAGCUGACUGUCACUUUAAUUUGAAGAAUCAUGACAAAGGAAGGCAAUGUGUGUGAAGUCACCCUUGGUGUCGGGGGCAUGACUUGUGGUUCCUGUGUCCAAUCCAUAGAGCAGCACAUUGGUUCUCUGCCAGGGGUGAUACACAUAACGGUCUCUUUAGAGCAGGCGACUGCCACAGUCAUUUUUAAUGACAGCCAGCAGAGCGCAGCGUCCCUAUUGGAGGCCAUUGAUGACAUGGGGUUUGAAUCGAGUUUAUCGACGUCCGACGCGGCCACACCCGUUUGCACCGAUAGCCAGCUGGUCCCAACGUCAGGGCUGAUACCUUUAACUGGGAGGGAGAAAGGGUCUCAGAUCUCGGGAGAGAGUUCAGCAAACGAGGGCCUCGAAGUCACCUUUGCCUCGUCUUUGACGCCCGCUCAGGAGCUCAAUGAAGUCAUGUUGAGGCCCUCACCGUCGCAGAACGACGCUCCGAGCAGCCCUGUGCCAAGAGACUUGCCCGUGUCGCCAUCACCCAGCACAGACAGCAGAGCGGCGCUCCUGAAGAUGAGCAUUCAAGGCAUGACCAGUCAUUCCUGCACCACCACGAUUGAGGGGAAGAUUGGAAAAUUGAAAGGGAUUGAAAAGAUCAAAGUCCUCUUGGAUUCUCAGGAAGCCACGAUCGUGUACCUGCCUUACCUCAUAAGUGUUCAGACCAUUAUCGACCAGAUUUCUUUGGCCGGCUAUAAGGCUUGUGUGAAGAUCAAAACAUGCCCCCUGCAACUUUCCCUGAGUGAAGUUGAACGCUUUGCUGAUUCUCAUAAAACAAGUGCUUCUUCAACCGUAGACACUUCUGAGGAGACAGAAACCUGCAUUGACACAACUCUAGUGGCGCUCACUGUGAAAGGCAUGCACUGUCGAUCCUGCGUGGUCAAUAUCCAAGACAACAUCGCUACGCUGCCCGGUGUAUCCUCUGUGGUAGUCUCUCUUGAGGAAGAGAAAGCCUCCAUCUGCUACGACCCGCUGAAAGUCAGUGUUGCUCAGUUGCGACAGGCAAUUGAAGCACUUCCUCCGGGGACCUUCAAAACUCAACCUUGGGACUCUUCUGGGCUCCUCAGCCCUCCAGCUACCUCGCCUCCGCCUGCUUUAUCUGCACCGCAAGCAUUUCCUCGAUCCUUUGCCAAACCUGCUGUACCCCAGCCCUGUUUAGUCCAACCUCUGGCAUCCAUAGCCAAGAUUCACAUUGAUGGCAUGACAUGUAAUAGUUGCGUCCAGUCAAUAGAGGGCAUGAUGUCUCAGAGAAAAGGUGUGAUUUCAGCGCAGGUGUCUUUGGCCGAUAAGCAAGGCCUCUUUGAAUAUGACCCCCUCUUGACCUCCCUAGUCGAGCUUAGGGAUGCCAUCGAAGACAUGGGCUUUGAUGCAUUACUAUCUGAGACCAAUUCCUUGACACCUGUGUCAUCACCCAGUGUUCUCAAGUCUUCGAGUGUGGCGCUAGUGAAGGAGAAAGAACUGCUUGAUGGCAGCCUCCUCAAAGAGAUGCCCGAGGAUCGCAAAACAGCCAAAAAAGACAAACUCUCAAGUGCGAACAAGUGCUUCAUCCAGAUCCGAGGCAUGACCAGCGCAUCUUGUGUGGCAAACAUUGAGCGAAAUCUCAAAAAUGAGCCUGGUAUCUACACUGUUCUGGUGGCGUUAAUGGCCAGUAAGGCUGAGGUGCGCUAUAAUGCUGAAUUGAUAGAUCCUGUGAAGAUUGUCGAGUGUGUGAACGAGCUGGGCUUCUCCGCCUCAGUCAUGGAGAACUAUGAAGGCUCCGAUGUCAACCUGGAAUUAGUGGUAAGGGGGAUGACUUGUGCCUCUUGUGUCCACAAAAUUGAAUCCAGACUGAUGAGAGAAAAUGGGAUUAAAUAUGCCUCUGUUGCCUUAUCCACCAAUAAAGCACACAUUAAGUACGAGUCCGAAGUGAUAGGACCGCGAGACAUCAUCAAGCUGAUUGAGAAUUCGGGUUUUGAAGCAUCUUUGGUGAAGAAGGACCGCACUGCCAGCCAUUUGGACCAUAGCAAAGAGAUACGACAGUGGAGGAAAUCUUUCCUAGUGAGCCUGGUAUUUUGUGUGCCGGUGAUGGGCAUGAUGGUAUACAUGAUCAUCAUGGACCACCAGAUGAACGCUUCCCACCAACACAACGCCACGGCCGAGGACCGCAACCUGUACCACGCCACCAUGUUCCUGGAGAGACAGUUGCUCCCAGGCCUCUCUGUCAUGAACUUGCUCUCUUUUCUUUUUUGCGUACCUGUGCAGUUUAUCGGUGGUCGCUACUUCUACGUUCAGGCCUACAAAGCAGUGACACACGGAUCUGCCAACAUGGAUGUGCUUAUAGUCCUGGCCACCUCCAUAGCUUUUACAUACUCCUCCAUCGUACUAAUAGUGGCCAUGGUGGAGAGAGCAAAAGUCAAUCCCAUCACUUUCUUUGACACACCACCGAUGCUUUUUGUCUUCAUCUCGCUGGGACGCUGGUUGGAGCAGAUAGCCAAGAGCAAGACGUCUGAGGCUCUUUCCAAGCUCAUGUCUCUGCAAGCCACGGAGGCCACAGUCGUCGUUCUCAACAGUGAUUCAACCAUUCUGAGUGAGAAUCAAGUGGAUGUUGAGUUGGUGCAGAGGGGAGAUGUGGUAAAAGUAGUUCCUGGUGGAAAGUUUCCAGUCGAUGGUAGAGUUCUUCAGGGGCAUUCCAUGGCGGACGAGUCCCUCAUCACAGGUGAGGCCAUGCCCGUGACCAAGAAGCCAGGGAGUGUUGUGAUUGCGGGCUCCAUUAACCAGAAUGGCUCUCUCCUGGUCAGCGCUACACAUGUCGGCAUGGACACCACGCUGUCGCAGAUUGUCAAACUAGUUGAAGAGGCUCAGACUUCAAAAGCUCCCAUCCAACAGUAUGCUGAUAAGAUCAGUGGCUACUUUGUACCCUUCAUUGUUGGUGUGUCACUCCUUACUUUGAUUUCCUGGAUUGUAAUUGGGUUCCUGGAUUUCCCUCUAGUGGAAAAAUACUUUCCAGGUUAUGACAAAAGCAUUUCCAGGGCAGAGGCGGUGAUUCGCUUCGCUUUCCAGGCCUCCAUAACCGUGUUAUGCAUCGCCUGUCCCUGCUCCCUCGGUCUGGCGACCCCAACGGCGGUCAUGGUGGGCACUGGGGUUGGAGCCCAAAAUGGCAUCCUGAUAAAAGGAGGGGAACCUCUGGAAAUGGCACACAAGGUCCAGUCAGUGGUGUUUGAUAAGACCGGGACCAUUACGUAUGGCGCUCCAAAGGUUGUCCAGGUCAAAAUAGUAGUGGAGGGCAACAAGAUGCCUCGCUCCCGACUGCUCGCCAUCGUGGGCACAGCAGAGAACAACAGCGAGCAUCCUCUGGGAGCAUCUAUCACCAAGUACUGCAAGCAGGAGCUCGGCACAGAGUCGCUUGGCACGUGCACUGACUUCCAGGCCGUGCCGGGCUGCGGCAUUCGGUGUCUGGUCAGCAACACCGAGAUGCUGUCAAAGCACACAGACAGCGACAGCGAUGACAACAACCAGCCUAACAGCAUGCUUGUUCAGAUCAGCGACACCGUCACGUCAACCAGCUCCCAUUCUCUUAUCGUGGACCCACAGCCACUCAGCUACGCGGUCCUGAUUGGCAAUCGAGAGUGGAUGAAGCGGAAUGGUCUGCAGGUCCGACAUGAUAUCGAUGACGCCAUGACGGAGCACGAGCGAAGAGGUCGCACCGCCGUCCUGGUUGCUGUAGACAAUUUACUGUGUGCUAUGAUAGCCAUAGCGGACACAGUGAAGCCGGAAGCUGAGAUGGCUGUCCAAACUCUGACCUGCAUGGGCCUGGAGGUUGUGUUGAUGACGGGAGAUAACAGCAAGACGGCACGAGCCAUUGCUGCACAGGUGGGUAUCAGGAAGGUGUUUGCAGAGGUGCUGCCCUCCCACAAGGUGGCCAAGGUGGAGCAGCUGCAGCAGGCGGGAAAGAGGGUCGCAAUGGUAGGCGACGGCAUCAACGACUCGCCCGCUCUGGCCAUGGCUGACGUCGGCAUCGCCAUAGGAACGGGCACGGAUGUCGCCAUCGAGGCAGCAGAUGUGGUCUUGAUCAGGAAUGACCUGCUGGAUGUGGUGAGCAGCAUCGACCUCUCUAAAAAGACUGUCAAGAGGAUCAGGAUCAACUUUGUCUUCGCUCUCAUCUACAACCUGGUUGGCAUUCCCAUCGCUGCAGGUGUCUUCCUUCCCAUUGGUUUGGUAUUACAGCCGUGGAUGGGAUCUGCCGCCAUGGCAAUGUCUUCCGUCUCUGUGGUUUUGUCCUCGCUUCUACUCAAAUGCUACACCAAGCCCAGCACCGAGAAGCUGGAGGCCCGGCUGGAGUCGCGGCUGGGCCGCGGCACGCGACAGGGCAGCCUGUCCGACAUCAGCGUCAACAUCGGCAUGGGCGAGCUGCGGCGAUCCUCGCCCAAGCUCAGCCUUCUCGACCGCAUUGUCAACUACAGCCGGGCGUCCAUCAAUUCACUGCGCUCCGACAAGCACUCGAUCCACAGCCAGGUGCUCAGCGAGCCCGACAAACACUCGCUCCUCAUGGGGGAGGCGCCGUGCGAAGCGGAGUUCUGUUGAAGGCCACCGUCACAAAGUGCCCAAGGUAGCUUCUUUUUUCAAUCCCGGGCGGCUUCGCUAAGCGUUUCAUCUGGGUGGAGGAUGCCGUGGCGUCACACUUGAUUACAAGAGAGCCUGCGCGUCCUCGUGUUGAUUACGAGCACUUCAGAGCAAACUGGCUCACUUCCUCUUCUCUCUCUUUUUUCCCCCCAUUUUGUUGAUGUCAGAGCCAUGCAGUGCCGUCAGAGCAGCCAUCUGAACACGCAUGUGUAUCCAAAGACCUUUUUAAGUUUUAGCCCUUUUCAUUCAAUGUUGUAUAAUAUGGAGUAUUUAUAUUUCCACUUAUUUAUCAUGUUCAUCUAAAUCCAUGUGGGAGAUUCAAAUGACACUUGAGAGCGAAUUGGAAACUUACGUUAGACAAGUCGAGUGGAAACGCCAUCGUGGCAAAGUCCAGCACAUUCCAAAGAGAGCGCUUUGGACCCAACAGUGGUCCAAUGUUGCCGUGGCGACGGGCAGGCAUUCACUUAACCCGGCGCUAUCUGCUGUUAUCUUGUUACAUAUGUGCUGCUCAUUGCUGUGCAAGUUGUCUUCUAUAUGUUAUGCAAGUGCAUUUAGGCCAUUGGUACUGAUUGCAUGUUGUGACGUAUGUCACUGCUUCUCAGCUUCUUUGUGUCUGCUCGAGUUGUGGCACUAAUUACAUCUUACAGUCGUGGAUGGUUUACUGCUAGGAGGGAUUAUUGCUUUUUUCUUCUUUCUUGAGCCCUUUUAAAGUCAGCGCAUUGUCACGCAAGAGUCCAAGCCCUCGCUUUGUUUUUUGUUGUUUUGUUUUAGUUGUUGUCGCUUCCCCAAAGACGUGUGUUCUGAAGUCCGCAGAGCGUUACCACAUCGGCCUGUCCAAGUGACGUCCAUUGAGCGUCACAUUACAUGUACAUGUACGGUUAAAUGAAGGAUGUUUGCCUUGAAUGUUCUCAGUCAGCGAUGGGGAACCUACAGCUACAGCUACGGCUCACAAGAACUUUUCAUUCGGGCUGCCCAAAAAAGUGACCCCUGAAUAUCCAUAAUUUACUUUAAAUAAACAUUAAUUCUAUGUUGUG